AGAAUGGUGUGGCCAGAAGUCAUCCUCUGUCAUCGGUCACCCUCAGUGUUGGAACACGUGUGAAACGUAUGCAGUAGACAUGAGGGUAGAGAUGGAAGUUGUGCAUGAAUCCAACUGUGUGGGUCCCCACACACCAGGGCUACUGUCAUCGUUGCUGCUGAAUGUGCAGCCUUCCAGAAACAGAGCUGAUGUGGACACCAACCAGCCACUUAGUGUCAGGUUAAUUACAAUGGACCUCUUUUGCCCUGAAAGAGUCAGCAAUUCAUCAUGAUUGGAGUUGAUUGUAUUCAGUCAGUUACUUUAUGGAAUUGCCUUCUCUGUUUUUAGGACCUCAGGAAACAAAAGUAACUGAAGGUUUACAAAGUAAUUGAUCCUCCCAGAUAGGAUCUCAUCCAACUUUGUAGCCUGGAGGUGCAGCUCUGGGCUAGUGGUCAUGGCACCUGUUAGUCUUCUUACAUUAUCACAUGACCCAGAAGCUGUUGGCCUACAAACGAUGGAACAGGCUUGGAAGGUGCUGCUGAAUUGCUAGUUAGGAGGUGAUACCAGCGGAGAUUGGGUGGCUUCCUCCAGGAGACGGCAAAUGCCCUAAAUCAGCGGAUGGAGGUCUGCAGUGCCCCCAGAUCAGCGAGUCAUUGUAGAGGCAGCUCAUACCCUGAGCAGCGAGAGCGGCCUGGCCAGGCUCCUUCCUCAGGAAGCACACUCAGCCUCUCAGCAUCAAGACAUUGUGGCUUCGAAUUGUGCCUCUGAGUAUCUGUGCAACCUAAGUGUCCAGUGUCAGAGGACAGAGUAAAAGAUGACAAUCUCUUCAAACCACACCAACCUUAGAGAUAUUUGGUAUACCAUGACUGGGAUCCCAGGACUGGAAUAUGCACACAUAUGGAUCUCCAUUCCCAUCUGUUUCAUGUACAUAGUUUCUGUUUUAGGCAACACCUUCUUAUUAUUCCUGAUCUUCACUGAACGCAGUCUUCGUGAACCCAUGUACCUUUUCUUGUCCAUGUUAGCCCUGGCAGAUAUCUUUCUCUCCACAGUCACCACACCAAAGAUGCUAGCAAUCUUCUGGUUUCAAGAUGGGGGUAUUUCUUUUGGUUGCUGUGCGUCCCAAAUGUUUUUUCUCCACUUCAUCUUUGUGGCAGAGUCUGCUAUAUUGCUGGCCAUGGCAUUUGACCGCUAUGUAGCCAUCUGCCAUCCACUAAGAUAUACUACAAUUCUAACCCCCUCGGUCAUUGGAAAAAUGGGCAUUGCAUCUGUGAUCAGGAGUUUCUUCAUCUGCUUCCCCUUGGUUUUUCUGGUUUAUCGGCUUGCUUACUGUGGGAGGAAUAUUAUUCAUCACUCAUAUUGUGAACAUAUGGGCAUUGCCAAGCUAGCCUGUGAUAGCAUCAAAAUCAACAUCUACUAUGGGGUGAUUGUAGCCCUAUUUUCUACAUGCCUGGAUGUAGUGUUUAUCAUCGUCUCCUAUGCCCUUAUACUCUGUACUGUUUUUAGAAUUCCUUCCCAAGAUGCCCGACUCAAGACUUUGGGUACUUGUGGCUCCCAUGUCUGUGUUAUCCUGCUGUUCUAAACUCCAGCCUUUUUUUCAUUCUUUGCUCACCGAUUUGGGGGCCACCAUAUACCACUCCAUGUACAUAUCCUCUUUGCCAAUCUUUAUGUGGUGGUACCACCCACUCUCAACCCCAUCAUUUAUGGACUUAAGAUCAAGAAAGUUCAGGAGAAGUUUGUCCAUGUCUUUUCUGUGAGCAAUAAAUUCUGCUGAU